UCCCCCAAACAAGGAAGAGAGCCGCGCGCCCCCGUGAGUAACUGGCAUCAUGAUGAAGAAAUAGAGACAAGAUGAAAACUGGUGAGGAUCCUCCAAACACUGAAACACGUGAUGACACAUGACGACACAUGAUAUCACAGUCGGUGGAGGACGAGGAGGAGGCGACGCGUCCUGAACCCGAACAUGAGGCGUCUGUCCAGGAGGAAAGCUCUGAGCCUGGUGAGGGAGCUGGACGCCUUCCCCAAAGUGUCGGAGAGCUACGUGGAGACGUCAGCGUCGGGGGGGACGGUGUCGCUGAUAGCGUUUUGUGCGAUGGCUCUUCUCGCCGUCUUGGAGUUCUUUGUUUAUCGAGACACGUGGAUGAAAUAUGAAUACGCAGUGGACAAAGACUUUUCCAGUAAACUGAGAAUAAACAUCGACAUCACAGUUGCCAUGAAAUGCCAGCAUGUGGGAGCAGAUAUUCUGGAUCUGGCUGAGACCAUGAUCACAUCCAGCGGCCUCCAGUACGAACCUGUUAUUUUCGACCUGACUCCUCAACAAAGACUGUGGCAAAGGACCCUGCUCCUCAUCCAGAGCCGACUGAGAGAGGAACACGCUCUUCAGGAAGUCCUGUACAAAACUCUGCUGAAAGGAGCUCCCACCGCUCUGCCUCCACGGGAGGAUACAUCUAUAGAGCCGCUCAAUGGCUGCAGGAUACACGGACACAUGUACGUCAACAAGGUGGCAGGAAAUCUGCACAUCACUGUGGGGAAGCCGAUUCACCAUCCGCAGGGUCACGCCCAUAUCGCAGCUUUCGUGAGCCAUGAGACGUAUAACUUCUCCCAUCGAAUAGACCAUCUGUCUUUCGGCGAGGAGAUCCCGGGCAUCAUCAAUCCUCUGGACGGCACAGAGAAAAUCACCUUUAACCACAACCAGAUGUUCCAGUACUUCAUCACCGUGGUGCCGACCAAACUCAACACGCACAAGAUCUCUGCAGACACACACCAGUUUUCUGUCACUGAGCGAGAGCGGCUGAUAAACCACGCAGCCGGCAGUCACGGCGUCUCCGGCAUCUUCUUGAAGUACGACACCAGCUCUCUGAUGGUGACGGUCAGCGAGCAGCACAUGCCACUGUGGCAGUUCCUGGUGCGACUCUGCGGCAUCAUCGGGGGAAUAUUCUCCACGACAGGGAUGCUCCACGGGUUUGUCGGCUUCUGCUUCGAUGUGAUUUGCUGUCGCUUUAAACUGGGAGGCUACCGGCCCAGAGAGGAUGUGCACAACCAGAUGAACAAUGUGAACAAUCACCUCGUCCCUCUGCUGGCUGACGACGUUCCUGAGGAGUAGCUGUUUCUCAGUGAGCUUCAGACUGCAGGACAAACACCUGCAGAAGGUCUUGUUAUGUAUUGUUGUUCAGUUUGUAAGAAAUUGUGUUUUUUUUUGUAUUUGUCAUGACAUUGUGUAUUUGAAAAAGCCAAAUCUUUCUGUUCUGUUAUUAUGAAUAAUUGCACAAAUCCACCUCAGACCAUUGCAGUCAUACAUGUGUUUUCAACAUUAUUUCCAUGUUAUGAUGGUGCUUCAUUAAAAAUGUUGUGAGCUUUUA